AUGGAGGGCGUUUCAGCGCCCAUGCGCGUGACCCACGUGAGUGGGGGCAACUCGCCCACGGUGGUCGCCCCCAUAAAGCAGGGGUUCCUGCACAAGCGCGGCAAGAAGCCCUACAUCAAGACACUCAAGCUGCGGUGGUUCGUGCUGGAGGACAACACGCUCACCUACCACAAGAAGCCAGGCGCGCCCGCCCUGGGCACCAUCCCCAUGGCCGAGGUGGUGAGCAUCGGCCCCUCGGACCCGUCGCCCGCCAACCCGUUCCUUUUCGAGCUGGUACGCGACAACGGCGGCUCCCAGCGCACCUACUACCUCCACGCGCGCUCCCUGCCGGAGAUGGAGGAGUGGAUGGAGGCCCUCCGUCGCUCCAGCGCCUUCCACGCACCCUCGGCCUCGCCCGCCGUCGCGCUCGCCGCUGCGUCGGCCCUCAGCGCUGCCCUCAGCUCCGCCUCCGCCUCCUCCACUCCCGCUUCUGCUUCCUCUUCUGUCCCGAUCGCCGCCGCCUCGGUGGUGGCACCCGCGGCCUCGUCCAAUGUGCCCUCACCGGCGCAGCCGUCGCCCACCACCGCCACCGUGUUCUCCGAUUUUGACUUGAGCAAGUCGUCGGGCGGGCCGGCCUUGCUGCGCACCUCGUCGUCGAGCUCCACCUCGUCAUCGUCGUCGUCGCCCACCAACUCGGACCGAUUCGGCUCCACGCCGGUCCUGCGCGAAUCUGAGCUGAUGCAGCGGUACCAGACACGCGAACUCGAAGUCAAAGAGUUGGAGAAGGCGUUCCGGGAGACCAAGGAAGCGUUGGAUGCCGAAAAGCGCAAGGCCCUGUUCAUCAUGGAGAAGGAGCAGAAGAACAUCAAGCAGCUCCAACAGGAGAGGAACUCGCUCAAAGCGCAACUCCGGCAACUGGAGCAGACCCUUGCCGAGCGCGAGCCCGUGGGCACGGACGCCUCCGGGGCGCCGGUGUAUUCGAGCCGAGACGAAGAGGUGAGCCGACUGCGGGAGGAGAUGCGAGAGAAGCAGGAGGCCCUCGACACCAUGAAGAAGGACCUGGAGACCUUCUCCAAGAUGCAACGCCUCAUCGACCAGUCCGGCGACUCCAGCGAUCCGGCGCAGGUCCUCGCGCCUCCGCCUUUCCUAUGCUUCGCUUCGCUGGUGUCCUGA